AUGGGUCUACAACGUACACCACCUCAACGUGUAGGACAACCUCCUCUCACUACGCCAGCUCAAUCUGAAUCGACACCUCUCCCGCCGCAGUCCCUUCACGAUGCCAGUCAAAUUGGUCGACCCUCAGAUAGUCUAGGUAUGGGCGAUCAGACACUCGCUGCUGCCCUCGGUACCGGAUCUCCUUCUCGUGGUUUCCUCCCGAAGAACCCACGUGUACUUCGAAGUCCAGUGGGGGAAUCGCAGUCUCCUCUACCUCCAACAACGUCACAUGAUACUUCCACCACGCCUGAGCCUCUGGUGGGGGGUAUCAUGGAAGUGGAAGAUCAAGCUAUGGAGGUGGAUCAGGAAGAGAUCGAAGAUAAUCUCCAGCCUCCGACCCUCACGCCUGCACUCACCACCACCCCCUCUCUCCCACUACUUGCUGCUCAAGCUUCUGGAGAUGUCGAGACGUCAAGUAGCGGUCUUCACCGGAAUCCACCUCUUCUCAACGAGGCAGGCCCAUCCACCACUCCCGUCAAAUCCCCACCUCGUACACCCGCUUCUAGAACUUUGAAAAGUUCCACACGACGGAAAUCUCUCAGAACACCUGCUCAAGUACUGUCGGAACCUGUCAGACCGAUUCCGGAAGAACCGAUGGAUGAGACGGAAAAGUACGGGAAGAGAUAUGGGAUGAUGAUGUAUGCGUUAGAGUUGGCGAUUAAGAAUGGGACUCAGAAGUGGUCUGUAAGAGAUCUCCAGCAAUGUUUCCCCUUACUUGCCAAAAGGAUGUCGUCCAGUUUAGAGAAUGUGUAUUUGGGUUCUUCAAGGAAUAUGCGGGAACAGAUUGAGAACGCCGCGAAAUCUCUAUUGGAAGAUUAUCGUGCUGCUCCAGCACUACAACUUCUAGACGAAGUGGUCGAUGAUGCCAAAAUGCACAAAGCUUCCGGUGGAGGUUCACGAUCAGAUGCAUGGCGUCCUGAUAUCUCACCAGCCGCUUUGACAGCAGCAACAAAUUUACCAAUCUACGACGAAGCUUAUGAACGAUUACGAUCCGAGUUGUUAGAACUACACGCUGACAGUUCACAACGAUAUCGUUCCAUUCAACAAAAACGUCAUCAACUCUCUCAAGUCGAAUCUUCCCUUUCGCUCGGUUUGUCCGAACUGGACUCUGCAUUGGAGAUCUUUGAUAAAUCACCGGAAACAAGAGAAAGUAUGGCCAGUUGGAUGGAAUUAGUUUUAGGUCGAUUAGAUUGA